UUCUACUUCUUCUCAAGGUGUUGUCAGAUUUUUGACGUUUCUUUCAAUUUUAUUUGCUGCAAUUCGCUGGAUACAAUGUCGAAAGGAACAACUUGCAAAGAGGCAAUUCAAAAAUGGGUUGAGACAAACAAUAAAGAACCUGGUGAAGUUACUGAUGUUUAUUUAGGUUUUCAAUGGCCUCCGAUUGACAAAAUGGAUAAUAGUUUAGCUGCUUUUUCAAAAGUCGAAAAAUUAUCUCUUUCGACAAAUAUGAUAGAGAAAAUUGCUGGAAUUGGUUCUUUGAAAAAUUUGAAAAUUCUCUCAUUGGGUCGUAAUAAUAUAAAAACAUUUUCCGGAUUGGAAGCAAUUGGCGAUCAUUUAGAGGAAUUAUGGAUUUCAUACAAUUUAAUUGAAAAAUUAAAGGGUCUCAAUUCGUUGAAGGCUCUGAAAGUUCUUUACAUGAGUAAUAAUUUAGUGAAAGAUUGGAAUGAAUUUAUUCGUAUACAAGAAUUGAAAAAUUUGCAAGAUUUAUUAUUUGCUUAUAAUCCCAUUUGCGAGAGUUUAGAUCAAACAAUGUGGCGAUCUCAAGUUAUUCAUAAAUUGCCAAAUUUGAAAAAACUCGACUCUAUUCCAAUUGUACAUUUGACUAAUGAUGAGGAAUAAUUGGAUUCAAUAUUUGAUUUAGAACUUUUGGAAUGUUUUGGAAUAUUAGGCACAAUUAAUGUAGACGUUUGUUUAUUUUUUGUAUUACUUAUUAGUAAUAGCUGCUUUAUUUUUGAAAGCCACAAUUUCUUCUAAUUAGAGAAUGACAGAGCAGAGAUGUUUAUCACUUUGUGCACAGCGUUAUAAAUAAUUCAAGUGUUGUUUUUACUUUUUAGUAAAUUAUCUGAAAAAUUUCUUUCCCCGUACAGAUGAAUUCCACAUUACGCAUAUUUUUUAUAUUUAUUUAUAUAUUUAUAGAAUAUAUAUAUUGAGAAUAAAAAACUAUAUUUAAUAAAUUCGACUUUAAAUAAUUGAAAUUUUCAUCUGUAUAAGGUGAACAAAAAAAUUUCAAAAGUUUAAAUAUCUUUCUGUUAUUCGCGAAACGAAUUCGCUAAAAGCUCUAAUACGAGUCACUAACGUAAAUUCUGGUAAGAAAAAUAGUUUAGCAAUAUAUGCUAAUAGUAUCAACAAUUCUAAAAUUAUAAAUACUAAUAUUAUGUAAUAUUAAUAAGAACAAUUUUUUUGUUAAGUACAACAUUUAUAUAUUAUCACCUGCUUUCAAUGAUCAAAUAUACAUAAUUGUUUGAAAAUAAUGAUUUCUUUAAAAAAUUGUUUAUAACUUUUAAAAAUGUAAUUAUGCAAAAUUUCCUUUUUGCAAUAUUAAUAAUAAUAUUAAUAAUUAAAAACAACGUUAAAAUAUUGAUUUUUGAAAUUAAAAAAAUAAAAUUAUCAAGAAAUCAAUUUUUAAGAGAUAUUUGAUCUCAGUAGCAGUUUAUAAUUGGCACACGAAAUCUGAGAAUUUUUAUUUCAAGAAUUUUCUAAUCACUAGUGUGAUUUUAGGAGGCAGAUGUAGAGAAAGAAUAAUUAAACAAAAUGUCUUAAAUUAUUCCAAUGAAAAUUUCUUUGAUAUUUUUCAUGAGGCACAUUUUGUAAAUAAAUUUUUCUUUUGAUAUAUAGUUUUCUUUUUUCCUUAUGUAGAAAAUGAUUUUCUUGAAAUAAUUUCAUAUAUCGUGUGCCAAUGACGAUUAUGCUCAUUGAAUGAUAUUAUUUAUUUACAAAUACGUACAAUGAUUCUCACGAUUGACUAUAAAUUAGUGAAAAAAUAAUGCUGCUUUGGCCAUAUUUUGCAAAAUCUGAUCCAUUUUCUACCAUCACUAAUACUUGCUAUAUAUAUAUAUAUAUAAUAUAUAUUUUUUUAUUUUUCUUUGAACCGAAUCAGUCGAUGAAAUGCGUGAAUUAAAAACUCGCGAUUUCUAUAGUUUUAAGGGGACAAUUUAAAAACAUAUUUUGUUUUUGCCCCUUCGCGGGAAUUAAAUUCCUGGAAAUCUCAAGGAUUUUUUUUUCAGCUCUUCGAGCAACUACUACUUAUUCCAUAAGUAUCAAAAAUGCUGAAUAGUCUUCAAAAUCUGGAAUUCAUAUACGUAAUCGAAGUAAAACUUCGAUUCAAUAGUCUUUCUAACAAAUAAUAAAUACAUCACGCGAUAUUGUAUUUUCUUUUUCGUUAUUUGGAAUGUACAAUUUCUAACGCUUAAUAUUCGCAGUGGAAUAUUAUUUGCAAAACGAAGCUAGGGAUAUUUAAAAUUUAAUUAGUAAUUUAUAAAAAAGUGAUUAGGAAAUCCAUUUUUGUUUGAUAAAACUCAAUUUAAAAUCUUGGUGUUAGAAUUUCUUUGAAAAAGGAAAAUUUUUUAUGAUUAUAAAGAUGAACUUUUAGUUCUGUCGCUGAAAUUAAAAAAAAUACCCGCUUCGUUGAGUUUUAGUUUAAAAACGCAAAUUGUUUGUUUGUUUCUUUUAACGUGCGAUAAUUAAUUAGUGCGCGUGAAAUCAUCUAAUUGUUUUACAAUUCUGAAUAAAUAAAUUGUCAUGAUAUAAA